AUGAAAAGGACUUGGAUCGCCUGCUGCCUGCUCUUGGCUGCGACUGACGCAACUGGCGAAUGCAGCACUGAUGGAAGCUGCGUUGGCAAUUCCAGUGACGAGGCAGGACUCAUCCAGUUCCUUCCGGGCCAGUCCGAAUUCCUGAAGGCGCCGCGCACCACACGGAUCCACCGCGGCGUGACGCGCGGCGCGUAUCACGCGGCGAAGAUCUUCGACUCCGCAGGCUCUCUGGGUGAUGUCACGGGAUUCUCAGCACACGGGAGCGAGCUGAAUGUGAGUUGUGGAAAGGCCUUGGUGAGCUUGACCUUCAUCUCUGAAGGUACCUUGCGCCUGCGCCUCAGCGUCCAUGGAGACCACUUCCCAGGGCCUGACGAUGGGGAGAUCGUGACGAUGCCGAAACAUGGAGAUCGUCCCAGCGCGCACUUCGUGAAGAGUUCCAGCGGCUUCACCUUCCAUUCCGGCGCCUUGCGCGUGACGGGAUCCUUAAAGCCCUUGAAGCUCCAAUUGCAUCAGGGUGACAGGUUGCUCUGGAGCGAAGAGAGGCCCAUGAGCUGGAACACCACCAGCACUUGGCAAAGCUUCACCGAGCUGAGCGCAACCGGACGCUUCUACGGGGGAGGCAUGCAGAACGGCUACUCCUACGACCAUACGGGGCGUUUGGUGAUCAUCCAAGAGCCAGGAGAUGACGAUGGCUGGGACGCUGGAGCACGGGCGAACCCUGUGCCCUUCUUCAUGUCCUCCACAGGCUAUGGCUGCCUUCGGAACACCUUCAUGCCUGGCAAUUACAACUUCUCCUCGCCGGCCACGUUUUCACACGAUGAGAAAGGCCUGGAUGCCUUUUACUUCGUGGGGUCGAUGAAGGAGAUCUUAAGGCGGUACACCAAGUUGGCAGGAAAGCCCUUCCUACCACCCACCUGGGGGCUCUUCAUGGGGGAUUCCGACUGCUACAACAAUCAGCGCCACCAAUACAACACCUCCAGCGUUCUUGCCGUGGCAGAGAAUUACACGGUCCACAACAUGCCAAGAGGUUGGAUGUUGGUGAACGAUGGCUAUGGUUGUGGCUAUACCACCCGCAAGAUGCUCGUUGAGACCCAGGAGGACUUGGCGCAGCAAGGCCUGCGGAUGGGUCUUUGGACGUCGACGGGCUUGGACCAAGCACAUUGGGAGGUCUCCAAGGCCCAUAGCCGCGUCAUCAAGACCGAUGUGGCCUGGGUUUGGUGGGGUUACAAGUUUGGACUGGACGCUGUCAAGCUGGCGUCCAAGAUUGUGAUUGAGAGCAGUGAUGCCCGUCCUUUUACGUGGACUGUUUGUGGCUGGGCUGGUACGCAGAAGUAUGCUGUGGUGUGGACUGGUGACAAUUCUGGUAGCUGGGACUUCAUCCGCAUGCAGAUCCCCACCAUUGUGGGUGCCGGCCUCAGCGGUUUAGCCCACGCCAGUGGGGACGUGGAUGGCAUCUUCUACGGCAGUGCCGAGACCUAUGCUCGGGAUUUACAGUGGAAGACCUUCCUGACUGUGUCGAUGUACAUGAGUGGCUGGGCGCCCCAUGAUAAGCAGCCUUGGGCUUUUGGCGAGCCUUACACGAGUUACAAUCGAAAAUGGCUGCAACUCCGAGCGCGCCUGACUCCAUAUUUAUAUUCCUUGUCCUUCCACGCUCACGUCACUGGUCUCCCUCCAGUGCGUGCCAUGGAGCUGGAAUUCCCCGAAGAGUCGCAGACUUGGACGAUGAGCACGAGGAGUUCGCUGGCUUACCAGUUCAUGUCUGGGCCGUUCUUUUUGGUGGCGCCGGUCUAUGAGAAUAGCACCACACGCUCAGACAUCCUCCUGCCCACGGGCGAAUGGAUUGACUUCUUCGAUGAGAAUCGACGGCUUCAAGGGCCAAGCAUCCAAACAAUGCACUGCCCGCUGCAGGAGAUGCCAGUCUUUGUUCGCAGUGGAGCCAUCAUUCCAAUGUGGCCACUCUUGAACUUCUUCGGCGAGAAGAGGGUUCAUGUACUGACCUUGGACUUGUAUCCUGGUGCAUCCUCCAGCUUCAAGCUCUACGAAGAUGAUGGGAUGACUCGAGCCUACAGCCACGGCCACUUCGCGACGCAGCUCUUCGAGCUCAGCUCCUCUGCGGGGAGAAUCAAGUUCUGCAUUGGUGCAAGCAAGGGGAGCUACGAUGGGAAGUUGUCGGCCAGAUCCUAUUGGUUGCAGGUGCACGCAGUUCCUGGCGAAACGACGUCCUCAGUGACUUUCGGCGAUGAGCCUUUGCACAAGCUGGAGGAGUGCAAGGAACAUGGAAGCCCCGGCUGGUGUACUUCAGGCCACACGGUCUAUGUGAAAACACCUUUGCUGAAAGAAACCGAAGCCAUGUGUGUCUCCCUCUCCUGA